GUAUUUAAUAUGUUAAAAGCGUUCUUAUAAACAACCUUGGGUCGUAAUGGGUCAGUGCAAACUGAGGAGCAUAAGUAUAUAUUAAAAUUGGAAUUGUAUCAUUGAAUGUUAUUUUGUGAUUAGUGGUGAUCUAGAGAUUUACAGUUAUCAACAGCGCAUGCUUGAAAUGGGGACAACAGGUGCAACGAACCGCGAAUCAGACCGCUGGAGCCGUAUCUCGAAACGCUCUACUAUAGUUUUGGCCUUAUUCCUGUCAACGUGUUAUCACUCGAAUAGUGUAGACGCCACGACGACGCUCGCCCGUUCCAAUCCUACUAGUUCAGUCGGAGGAGGAGCAUCAACGCGAAGAGUAAUGGAACCAGCAUUUGAAAACGCCGGUAAAGUGCCCGGCAUCGCAAUUUGGCGUAUUGAGGAUUUCAAACCAGUGGCUUACCCCGUAAAGGACUAUGGAAAAUUCUACACUGGGGAUUCGUAUAUUAUUCUCGUUACCAAGGAGAAAAACGGAAUUUUCAGUUGGGAUAUCCACUUCUGGUUAGGCAGCGAAACAUCUCAAGAUGAAGCCGGGUCGGCUGCUAUCUUGACAGUGAGCCUUGACGACCAACUUGGUGGUGAUCCCGUCCAGUACCGUGAAGUUCAAGACCAUGAAUCUCAGCUGUUUUUGUCACGCUUCAAAUCUGGAGUACGAUACUUACCAGGAGGCGUCAGCUCUGGAUUUGCGCACGUCGAUCGUGAUAGCUUCGAAAAGAAGCUUUUCCAAGUUAAAGGGAAGCGGAAUAUUAGAGUGAAGCAAGUGCCUCUUUCGAUUUCUUCUAUGAACAAGGGCGAUUGCUUCAUUUUAGAUGUUGGGAAUGAUAUUUACGUGUACGUUGGUGGUCAAAGCAAGCGAACUGAACGGCUGAAGGCAGCCCAAGGUGCGAACCUGAUUAGAGAUCAGGAUCAUGGCGGACGUUCAAAGGUUCACGUGUUAGAUGAAUUUGCAUCUGAAACUGAAAUUCAGGCGUUCUUCGAUGCGCUAGGUGGGGGUGUCACCGCGGCGGAUGUUCCUGAAGAAUCCACAGGUGGUGAUGAUGAACAGUUUGAAAGCAAAGAGGAACGAACCGUUGCACUAUAUCGCGUUUCCGAUAGCAGCGGACGAAUGCAGAUUCAAGAAGUGGGACAAAAACCUUUGAAGCAGUCACAUCUUGACACGAAUGAUUGCUUCAUUUUGGAAACAGGAGGUGCAAAUCUUUUCAUAUGGAUUGGUAAAAAAUGUAACAAAAAGGAAAAGGACGAAGCUAUGGUUAAGGCGCAAAACUUCCUUCAGACCAAAAAUUAUCCCGCGUGGACACAUGUCGAAAGGAUUGUAGAAGAUGGAGAGCCUUCGUCGUUUAGGCAAUAUUUUCAAGGAUGGCGAGGUGUUCAAGAGCUACAUCCUCGUUUAAUUCGCUCUGCCGCAGCAAGACCUACUCCACUAGACGAAAAAAGUGGAGGAGAACUUCCAGAGUUCAUGCCCGAUGAUGGUUCUGGUGAUGUUAAAAUAUACAGAGUAGAGAACUAUGAAUUAGUACCAGUGCCAGUUGAAAAUUAUGGGAAACUGUUUGGAGGCGAUUCUUACGUUAUUAAAUAUCAUUGUACCAAUGGUAAAUGGAUCAUUUAUUACUGGCAGGGAAAUAAAAGUACUCUGGAUGAUAAAGCGGCCUCUGCAAUUUUGACCGUAAAAAUGGAUAAUGAUGAACUGGGCGGAAGAGCGGUUCAAAUUCGAGUUGUGCAGGAUUAUGAACCCAAACACUUCCUACAAAUUUUUAAAGGUAAAUUAAUCAUUUUUAUGGGUGGACAUGCCAGUGGCUUCAUAAAUAUCAUGGACCAUGACAUGUACGUUCCGGGCGGCACAAGAUUAUAUCGAGUGCGUGGUACAAACGAUUUUGAUGUUAGAGCUUCACAACAAUGCCCUAGCGCCUAUUCAUUGGAAUCUGAUGACGUUUUCAUAGUUGAAAAUACCAACCAUGCAUGGUUAUGGAUAGGAAAGGGCGCUGAUGAUGUAGAAAAGCGGCUAGCAGCAGGUUUUGUGGAGCUUUUGGUACCAUCAGGCGUUUCACCUAUUACGCUUCAAGAAGGCGAGGAAACAUUACAAUUUUGGGCAGCGAUCGGUGGCCGAAUUCCAUCGUACUCUACAAGCUUCAAGGAAAACCAGAAAGCUGUAACUGACGUGAAAAUGUACCACUGUCAUGUAAAACUCAAUGGACAUGUCUCAAUUGAGGAGCUGGAACGUCUCGAACAAAACGAGUUAGAUUCAGAUGAUUUAAUGCUCAUCGAUUCUUCUGAAGAAAUCUUCGUAUGGAUUGGCAAAGGCGCAACAGAACACGAAAUAACGCACGUUUUCAGUAAACUUCACCAGUUAUUGAAGAGAUACCAACGUGAAAAUGCUAUUGUUGUCACCGUAAAGCAAGGUCAAGAACAUGAGUUGUUCACAUCUUUAUUCCCAUCUUGGAAGUAGAGAUCUUACAUCUAACCAAGCACAAAUGAUAUAUUCCAAUCCCUACUAAACGUUGGCUAUAUUUUUACCUGUACCCUAAACUGUUGCUUUUGCGUCAUUUUAUGUAUGUCUCCAUGAUUAUAAUACUAAUUGUGAUUAAUAAAAAAUAUAUU